UCCCCCUCUACAUCUCUAUCAAACCCGUUUCUGUGUUCUAGGGUUCGAAGUUAGAUUCCGAUCAUAUCGCUUCUCCAUUUCGAUUCUCUCACCCACUCUCUAUAUUGUCUUCAUCUAAAUUUUCCAUUUUACUUUUCGGUUUUAAAAAAUCUCUGAUUAUAUUUAGGGUUACAGAUUUUUGUUUUCGAGUUCGCAUUUGAAUGCGAUUCAUAUCCGAAGGUGUUUGGCUUCAAAUGUUGUAUUGUGGUUUAAAUUAAUGGGGACGCGGUAGAAGUUUCAUUUCCCGAAGACUACAUUUGGGGAAUUCUCUCAUCAAUUGAGCGUCGAAUGUUUGCUUCCAGUAUGGAUACUGUGCGGGACACAGCUAGAACUGCGGGAACGUUGUUAAUCCCAAUGCGGUUUGUCUGGCCGUAUGGGGGAAGAAGUGUGUUUCUCAGCGGUUCUUUCACCAGGUGGUCGGAGCUUGUUCCUAUGACGCCUAUGGAGGGUUGUCCCACUGUUUUUCAGGCUAUUUACAGCUUAACCCCUGGAUAUCACCAGUAUAAAUUUUUUGUUGAUGGAGAAUGGCGUCAUGAUGAGCAACAGACUUGUGUUUCUGGGGAAUAUGGGGUUGUAAAUACUGUUCUAUUGGCUACAGAGCCUAGUUAUGCUGCUCCACUUGCCAGUCCAGAGAUGACUCCUGGAUCUAGCAUGGAUGUGGACAAUGAGGCCUUCCGUCGCUUGGUUCGAAUAAAUGAUGGACGAUUGUCUGAGGCUGUGCAUAGUAUAUCAGAGGCUGAUCUGCAGUGCUCUCGUCACCGCAUAUCUGCUUUCUUGUCCACGCAUACUGUUUACGAGUUGCUCCCGGAGUCAGGCAAGGUUGUAGCUUUGGACAUUGACUUACCUGUGAAGCAAGCUUUUCAUAUAUUGCAUGAGCAGGGUAUUCCAACAGCUCCUCUUUGGGAUUUCAGCAAGGGGCAAUUUGUUGGAGUUCUCAGUGCUUCAGAUUUUAUUUUAAUAUUAAAAGAACUUGGGAAGCGUGGCUCAAACCUAACGGAGGAAGAGCUUGAAACACAUACCAUAUCUGCUUGGAAAGAGGGUAAAGCAUAUUUGAAUGGUCGAGUGGAUGGACAAGGAAGGUUUUUGUCAAGACAGUUCAUUCACGCUGAACCAUUUGAUAAUUUGAAAGAUGUUGCUUUAAAGAUCUUGCAAAAUCAGGUGGCUACUGUUCCCAUAAUUCAUUCGUCUGCAGAAGAUGGUUCAUUUCCACAAUUGUUGCAUCUUGCUUCACUUUCUGGAAUACUAAAAUGUAUCUGCAGGUACUUUCGGCAUUGUUCCAGCUUGUUGCCUGUGCUUCAACUGCCAAUUUUUGCGAUCCCAGUUGGUACGUGGGUCCCAAAAAUUGGAGAAUCAAACGGAAGGCCAUUAGCUAUGUUGAGACCUAGUGCUUCUCUUAGCUCAGCGUUAAACUUACUGAUUCAAGCUCAAGUUAGUUCAAUACCCAUAGUUGAUGACAACGAUUCAUUGCUGGAUGUAUAUUGCCGGAGUGAUAUAACAGCUCUUGCAAAGGACAGAGCUUAUACACACAUUAAUCUUGAUGAAAUGACCAUUCAUCAGGCAUUGCAACUUGGACAAGAUUCUUUCUCUCUUUAUGAGCCACGAAGUCAACGAUGUCAGAUGUGCUUGCGUUCCGACUCGUUGCAUAAAGUGAUGGAUCGUUUAGCAAACCCAGGUGUUCGGCGGCUUGUAAUUGUGGAAGCUGGCAGCAAACGAGUAGAAGGGAUUAUUUCGCUAAGCGACAUAUUCAAGUUCUUGCUUGGUUAGGUGAACCCUUUGACGAUCCAGAGGGGUUUGUGCAAAAGGACAGCGUAAAGGAGGAGGAAGAAUUGUACACUAUCCAUCUGCAUAGUUGUUAGUGAUGGGGAAGGACUCUCUUCUCUUCAUUUGGUUGGGUCUUAGCCUCUCAAUUCUAUCGCCUGGCUUUUGGAGGAAUUUUAGGGCGGAGUGGAGAAGAAAAAAAAGGCCACAGUAAAAAAAGAAAAAAAAAAGUAAAAAAAAAAAAGUACAAUUGGGAGGAACUUGAAUAGCAUUCAAAUUUCUCAACUCCCCCUUUUUUCCAUUUAUUAUUAUUUAUCAGUUUAUUAAGAUGCCUUUGCCUUUGCCUUUGCCUGCUACUAAUGUAGAUUAUUGGAGAUGAUGAUGGUGAUGAUGUUGGGGAUUUAUUGUUACCAACCUCUGUUCUUUCCUAAAAAAGAAAAAGAAAAAAAAAAAAAGAGUUAUGUGCAGAGGGGAAAUUGGGAAUCCAAUUGAGGGGUGACACUUUGAAAGUUGUUAAUUCUGUGCUUUUUAUUAACACGUCAUUGACUUUUGUAUUC